AGCACUGGGGGACUUACAGUGCGAAUUUGUCUCUGACUGAGUAAAAGUUCGCCCGGGAUUUUCUUGUGGACAGUAGGACAGAUACACAAAAACAUGGCAAACAAAGGACAGCAGCCUCCCUACCUUCACUUGGCAGAGCUGACCGCAUCCCAAUUCCUGGAUAUCUGGAAACAUUUUGAUGCAGACGGAAAUGGUUACAUUGAGGGAAAGGAGCUUGAAAACUUCUUCAGUCAUCUGGAGAUUGCACGGAGAGGGGCUGGUGUGGACCCAUCAAAUGCAGCCUUUAAAGAGAAGAUGACGGAGUUCAUGCAGAAAUUCGACAAGAACAAAGAUGGGAGAAUUGAGAUGUCUGAGCUGGCUCAGAUCUUGCCCACAGAAGAGAACUUCCUCCUCUGCUUCAGACAGUUUGUGGGAUCCAGCACUGAAUUCAUGGCUGCCUGGCGGAAAUAUGACACAGACCGCAGCGGCUUCAUUGAGGCUAAUGAACUUAAGGGCUUCCUCUCUGACCUGCUUAAAAAGGCAAACAGACACUAUGAUGACCAAAAAUUGCAGGAAUACACACAAACAAUACUCAAGAUGUUUGAUCUGAAUGGCGAUGGGAAACUGGGUCUGUCUGAAAUGGCAAGGCUUCUGCCGGUUCAGGAGAAUUUCUUGUUGAAGUUUCAGGGUGUCAGGCUGACUGCUGAGCAGUUCAACGCCAUCUUUGCAUACUAUGAUAAGGAUGGAAAUGGCUAUAUUGACGAGCAGGAGCUGGAUGCUCUCCUGAAGGACCUCUAUGAGAAGAAUAAUAAGGAGGUGGACUCUAAGAGCCUGAAUGGUUAUAAGCAAAGCAUCAUGGCACUGUCAGACGGGGGAAAACUGUACCGCACAGAGCUGGAGAUUGUCCUUUGCCGGGAGCCCAUGCUGUGAAUCGACGCUUCCUGACCUCCAUCUCAGCUCUGUUCCAGCUGCCUGAAUACUGUAACCAUGUGCAUGUGCCGGGCAACCCGUUCCUCUUCCAUCCCCCUCUCGAAAUGAGUUCCGAAUGAGUGUGCACAGAAAAGCACAAAGUCUCUCCUCUCCCCUUCUUUCCUUCCCCUUCCUACACCCCAAUCGCCACUGCUUUCCUUUGCCUACGAACUGCAGCUACUAUGAUGCCCUCUGCUCAGUUUUUAAACUAUAUAUUUAAAGAAGAAUUUUUCUGAAAGAGUAGCAAACUAAUGGUGUAAUAUGGUUAGAUAUGUGAUAUAUUUAUUUGAAGUGUUUGGCUUCAAAUUCUUCUGGUUUCUUCCCUUCCGUUUGGUUUCCUAUUCGGUUUGUUUUUGACCUCAUUUCAUUUCAAUCCUGCCCAAUUAUGUUUGGGUUUGUGGUGUUUUUUGGCUGAUACUGUUUAAGGAUGCAACUAAGAGCAUUAAUAAAGGUUAUGUGAUAUAAA